AUGGCCCCAGCAUCUCGAGGCUCGCUCACCCAAGGCGCGGUCGUGGGCCAAGAAGGACCGGCCAUCGUCUCGUCAGAUGCAGUACCGCAAGGAAGACUAGACAAUGACCCAAGUCCACCGAAGAAGGAGGGCAAGGUAUCCGCAAAGGGCAGCUUUGCUGGCAUAGUCAGCGGGGCAACAAAGAUGGCUGUCGGACACCCAUUUGAUACGGUGAGUGAUGUCGAGACAGGGCCGAGAGAUGUGGCUGUCCGCAACUCUGCCUUUCGGGCUCAUCGAGCUGAACGUAGCGAUGUUCUUGUCUGCCUGGUCGCAAAGAUCAAAGUGAGGCUGCAAUGUACGCCUUACGGCACAUACAAAGGCCCUUUGGAUUGUUUUCUACAGCUGGCUCGCAAAGAGGGCCUUCGAGCGCUUUACAAAGGUGCCACACCACCUCUUGUCGGGUGGGGAAUAUCCGAUGCGGUUUUGAUGGGAACGCUUCACAAUCUGAGGUUGGCAUUACAGAGGGCGACGGAUACUGGCGAAGGGACUGGAAAGAGGUUGCCUCCUUGGGGACACGCUGCUGCUGGUCUAGGGUGAGUGACGCUCCUUGACCUCUUGAGCUAUCUGUGACCUAAGAUGCCUCUCUCUUUGUCUUUUCAAUCAGCGCUGGUUGGGUCAACUCGUUCCUUACAACGCCAAUCGAGCUGCUUAAAGCCAAGCUACAGAUGCAGUCACAACGCAUCAGUGCGGCUCCAAAGGCUGGCGAACACGUCGCAAAGGUUCACGGCUUUACAGGCCCGAUCGAUUGUGCGAGGCAAGUCAUUCGAGCACAAGGCCUGAUGGGAUUAUGGGGCACUUUGCCGGCCACUCUGAUGUUCAGAAGCAACUUUGCGGUCAUGUUCUGCAGGUGAGGGCACCAUUCAGGCUUCUCGAUAUCAGAUACUUUGAGCUCAAAGCAAUCGAAACUUCGCAGCUAUGACUUCUUCCAAAGGACCUUCGAAUCGUGGAACGGCACCAAGUGGGAAAUGGGCUCGGGCACAGCGACAUUCAUCAGUGGAGGGCUAGCAGCAGAGUGUUUCUGGCUGACGGCGUUUCCUGCUGACGUCAUCAAGGUUCGUGAAGUUGUGCGCGACGCAGAGAAGUGUCGCGAUCUGACCAACCUCCUGCCUCGUGUAGAAUCGCAUGAUGGCCGACUCUCUCGAAAAUCCAAAAUUCCCAACCAUACGGUCAGCCUUUGUCAGUGUAUGGAGCCACGCUGGUCCCAAUGCCCCGCUCUACUUGCGGAUACGAACGUUCUACACAGGUUUCGUUCCUUGCUUGCUGAGGGCAUUCCCUACCAACGCUUCUGCUCUGCUGGCAUUUGAGGCAACCAUGUCUCUGCUGGGAGCCGAGAAGGUGAGUACGCGCAAGCAGAGAGUGACUUGCAACGUGCUUACCGUUAGCUCAACCUCUCCAACCAUCAGACUACUACUCAAUAG